CUUCUCACGUUUUAUCGGUAUUUAUGACAAGUCUAAUGAGAAACAUCACAUAUGACCAUGAAUUCUAUCGUGCUGUUGGUUCUUGUGACACGCGCGACUGUUUUCAGUCAGAAUCACGGACAUGGGCAUAGUGAGUUAACGGAACCUCAAUAUCAGCAGCAUAUACAGGAACUCUGGACAGCUAGUAACUAUGACAACAAUGACGUCUUCUCAAUGGUGGAACUUCAUGACGUAUUUGCUCACUACGAUACCAACAGGGAUGGACAAAUAACUCGUCAUGAGUACACUACCUUCAUCGGGUCGCAAGCUCCAGAUCUGCUAAGUUAUGCGCAUGCGCUCUAUGAUAUCUACGAUGCCAACGGUGACCAUCAUCUGAGACUUGCAGAUUUUGACGCUCUUUACGCCAAAAUGGAUAUGGAUGGUGACGGCACAGUAAGCAAAGCUGAUUUCUUCUCAUUUUGGCACCAGACACUGGUUGCUAAUGCUCACCUUCAUGGACAUGGACAACAUCUUGUUGGUUAGAAAAUGUCAGCUUGUUAAUGAUAUCUGUCUGAUGCCCAAUUGUUCAGACAUUGUGCAUUAA